AUGAAUGGGCCGCGUCCCUCUACCUUUGCGUUUCUCUGUGAUCUACCAUACCUACCGGCAGAUUCUAAAAUUCGGGUUCUCGGGUGUGUCCGGCAAUAUAAUGUCAUAGAGGGCCAGCUCAUUUUAGAGCACAACUAUCCACGCAAAAGGCCAGAGCCAAGCAUCGUUGCUGUAGAAAUUCAUGCUGUUAUCGAGGAUAUCACCGCGGAAGAGCUGAGUGUGGGCUCGUGGCUGAAUGUUUUGGGUUACGUCCGCGACUCUAUAACGUCCACAGCGUCCUUUUCUUCCAGUCAACAGACUGUCAAUUCUAUAUCUGCCAGAGUGCCUCCUCGUCCGGUAUACCUUGAAGCUGUCAUGGUUUUUCCUGCUGGUGCCAUUCAGCUAGGAGAGUAUGAGCGCAUUAUUCGAAAUGCUCAAGACAUCGAGCGCCGACUUAGAUGA